UAGAAGAAAUUUAUAGCAGUUGGAUUGCGGCAGUCAAAGCGUAAACAUCGUGUGAACAUUCCCGUGCUGCCUCUUCAUGUAACAGUCCAUAUUUCCCUUGAAAUUAAACAAAAAGUGCUCCCAAAGGUGUUUCAGUGACCCCAUGAGGUGCCUUCAUGUGGUGGAGAGUGGAAAAUUGUGAAAUUUGGGGCCGACCUGUUGAUAUUAACGCCAUUGUUUCAGGAGGAGAGUCGUAGGAGGCUCUGGAGUGCGUCCAUUGGAAUUGUUUUAAUGUCGCUCAAAAGUGCUCAAAUCUUGUGAUUUAUAUUUUGUGUUGUCUGUAAUUAUUUGAUAUUUGCUAUUAAAUUGCUCUGAGAGCCCAGACCAUUCCGAUAGGGACUAUCCGGUUUGGCUGGGGCGUGUGUUGGGGUAUAGGAAAGAGACGGGACAGGAGACAGAGGAAAAAAUUCUUUUGGAGGAGCCAACUAUGGAGCAUGUCUGUGAACAAAGGCGAGAGACGUUCAUGAGUCAUCUCGCAGACUUUUGCCACAGCGCGUGAUGUGCAUUCGUGAAAGUGAAAUUUGCAAUAAAUUGCCAAAGUGCUGACGAUGGGUAUUUCGGCGUCUAGGACGCCCGAUGGGCACCAAUCUGUGGAGACCACAACAAUCCAUCGGGAUGAGAUCAGCUACAUGAAGCACCACCACAACAGUCACCACAUCCGCCAGCCCAGCGUCCGACGAAGUUGCCAGCCAAUGCCGGAUCGCAAUGAACUGGAGAGGAGAUUCACCAAAGUUCUCGCAUCAAUGGAUUUACCACCGGAUAAAGCGAAAUUGCUGAAGAAUUAUGAUGAUGAGAAAAAAUGGGACAUUAUAUGUGAUCAGGAAAUGGUCCAUGCAAAAGAUCCACCGUCACACUAUUUGACCAAAUUGAGAACAUAUUUGGAUCCAAAAGCUUCACGAAGUCACAGGAAGAGAAAAAUUGUGGGUGAGUCAACGUCGACACAAGUUUUGAGAGAUUUGGAGAUAUCACUGAGGACGAAUCAUAUUGAGUGGGUGAAGGAGUUUCUUGAUGAGGAGAAUCAGGGUUUAGAUGCACUUAUAGACUACUUGAGUUUUCGUUUGUCCAUGAUGCGCCAUGAGCAACGAAUCCAAGAGGCGAGGAAUGAGAGUGAAGAGACAUUGAAUACAACGGUGAACUCGGGUAUGCUAUCGUCAACAUCAAAUGCUGCCGGGAGUAAUGAACUGACGCCUACAAGUGGAAAUUGUGGUGGUAGUCGGCAGCAGCAGCCACAGCAGCCGAAUGGCUUCAUAAGGCCUGGAUUGGGAGAUUUGAUUGAUAGUCCAAGUAUCAAAAGGCGUUCUAGGCACAUUGCAAAGCUGAAUAUGGGCGCCUCCACCGAUGACAUUCACGUGUGCAUCAUGUGUUUGCGUGCAAUAAUGAAUAACAAGUAUGGCUUCAAUAUGGUUAUCCAGCAUCGUGAAGCAAUCAACUGCAUCGCUCUAAGUCUCAUUCACAAGUCACUGAGAACGAAGGCACUUGUGUUGGAACUUUUGGCGGCAAUUUGCCUCGUCAAGGGUGGUCACGAAAUCAUCUUGUCGGCUUUCAACAAUUUCAAAGAAGUUUGCCAUGAGACAAAACGCUUUCAGACCCUAAUGGAAUAUUUCAUCAACUAUGAACUCUUUAAUAUUGACUUCAUGGUAGCAUGUAUGCAAUUUGUAAAUAUUGUUGUACACUCAGUUGAGGAUAUGAACUAUCGUGUUCAUCUCCAAUAUGAAUUCACUGCCCUGGGACUCGAUGGGUAUUUGGAGAAGUUGCGACUGACGGAAUCGGAAGAGUUGCAAGUCCAAAUAUCGGCAUAUUUGGACAAUGUGUUCGAUGUGGCUGCCCUGAUGGAGGACAGUGAGACGAAGACGGCGGCCCUUGAGAGGGUGCAGGAUUUGGAAGAUGAUUUGGGUAGGGCAUUGGAUCGUGUGGCAGAGACAGAAAGGGAGUUUAUGUACAAAUUGGCCGAAUUGGAGUCGGAAUUGGCGAGGGUGCGCAGUGAAUGUGACGAGAUGCAGCAGAAAGCCCGUCAGACGGAUGAAGAGGUGUCGACGCUGCGGAAAGUGCUGAAGCAGCGUGAAGAAGAGUCACGGAUAAUGCAGAAGUGUCAACAGGAGAUUCAGCAAAAGAUGCCAUCAGCUGAGGCACCUCAAGCACCACCAAUUCCUCCACCGCCACCGCCUGCUGCCCUUACGCCUCCACCGCCAAUUGCACCACCCUGCCCUCCGCCUCCGCCACCAAGCAACGUGAGAAAUGUUGGCAGAGCCUCACCCUUCAUCCCGUCACCACCGCCUCCGAUUGCCGGACAAAUGCAGGCACCCGAUGGCGCGAUGACAAUCAAGAGGAAGGUUCAGACGAAAUACAAACUCCCCACGCUCAAUUGGGUAGCACUGAAACCAAAUCAGGUGAGAGGGACCAUUUUCAAUGAUUUGGACGACGAGAGAUUGUACAAACAAAUCAAUUUUGUGGAAUUUGAGGAAAAGUUCAAAAUUGGCCAAGGGGGACCAUAUGCCAAUGGCAAUUCAGAAUUGGAUGGUCUCACGUCAUUUCCCAGCAAACGCUUCAAGAAGCCUGAGAAUGUUUCAGUUCUUGAGCACACAAGACUACGGAAUAUCGCAAUUUCACGGCGAAAGCUCGAAAUGCCCGCUGAAAUGGUAAUUAGAGCUAUAAAUAAUUUGGAUUUGAAGCAAUUGUCGCUGGAAAAUGUGGAAAUACUGCAGAAGAUGGUACCAACGGAGCAGGAAGUUAAGGCCUACAGGGAGUACAUUGGGGAGAAGAAGGACUUGAAUCUACUGACGGAUGAGGACAAAUUCAUGAUGCAAUUGGCAAAAGUUGAGAGAAUAUCCUCAAAAUUGUCCAUUAUGAACUACAUUGGAAAUUUCUUCGAUAGCAUUCAUCUAAUAAGUCCGCAAAUCUAUGCGAUUAUUAAUGCAUCGAGUUCAGUGAAGAGUUCAAAGAAGUUAAAGGCAGUUUUGGAGAUUAUUCUGGCUUUUGGGAAUUACAUGAAUAGCAGUAAACGUGGUCCUGCGUAUGGAUUCAAACUUCAGAGUCUCGAUACACUGUUAGACACAAAAUCCACAGAUAAGAGGACAUGCCUUUUGCACUAUAUUGUGGCUACGAUGCGACAAUCAUUUCUGGAUUUGCUCAAUUUUGACACUGAACUCUUUUGCAUUGACAAAGCGGCUCAGGUGUCGCUGGAGAAUGUCAUAACGGAUGUUCAUGAGCUGGAAAAGGGAAUGGAAGCGGUGAGGAAGGAAGCUGAAUUGCGUGGAAAGGGACCACAUAAUCAUGUUCUUAGGGAUUUUCUCAAUAAUUCAGAGGAGAAAUUGAAGAAGAUUAAGAUUGAUGCAAAGAGUGCUCAGGAUUCCUUUAAGGAAUGUGUUGAAUUUUUUGGGGAAUCUUCAAGGAGUACAGAUGCCAAUACUUUCUUCUCGUUGCUUGUACGUUUUGUCAGGGCAUUUAAGACGGCAGAUCAAGAGAAUGAGCAACGGAGACGAUUGGAACAGGCAGCAGCUCUGGCGGCUAGCAAGAAGGAGAAUGAAGAGGUCGUCCUACGCAAUAAAAUCAACAAUCAGAAGAAGCAACAGGAGGCGGUAAUAAAUGAGUUGAAAAGUAAGACAAAUGCUGUGCGCGAGAAGAAACUCCUGCAGCAGGAUGAAGUGUACAAUGGGGCUCUGGAGGACAUUCUGCUGGGCCUCAAGAGUGAACCAUACAGAAGGGCAGAUGCUGUGAGGCGCAGUCAACGUCGGAGGAUCGAUAGUCAUCGUCUGUCUCGGACAAUGGAAGAGAUGGAUGUGUAAAUUGUGGCUAAUUGGUAUUCUCUGGAGGGGGAAGAAGAAUGGAAGAAAAAUUCCUUUGAAAAAAAAAAAAUGUGCAAAAUCCAUUCCAAAAUCAAUAUUAUAACUCUCCAAUAUUUCAACGAUGGGGCCUUGGAUGAAAAGACAAAGAAUUUUUUUUUUACAAAAUGCAACAAAAACUUUUUGAUAAAGAUUUUGCCAGACUCUAAAAUGAAGAAUUCUCAAUUUUUUUCGCUGAGAAUUGAAGAGCACCUCUUGAUAUUUCUUUUCUCAAGUGUUUUUUUUUAUAUUAAACAAUUUAUACAAUAAAAAUUAUAUUUAUUAUAUAAAUUUUUAUACUAUGCGCAAUUUACACCAGAUGAACAAGCAAGAAAAAAAACGCACCUAUUGAACCAUGACAACAAGUGUUUUGACUUUUUACACGUAACUUUAAUGAUAAGGCAUUAAAGUAGAUGAAAAAGCAUGUAAAUGUAUCGCUUAGGUAAUUUCUAUCUCAGUUUAAGGGAUUUUAUUAUUAAUUUAAGAUGUUUAGUGAAAUGGCGAGACGAUGGUGGGGAAAGUGAGUUGAAUUUGGUGUGAGAUGAAAAAUAAAAGAAUUACAAGGAAUAUUGUUAGUGUGUUAGAUGAAAAAACAAUUGAAAAAUGAAUGUGAUAAAAAUGAUACGAGAUAUUUCAUGAAAGAAUUUGUUAAGUAAGCAGAAAAAAAAGUUAAUUUUUUGAUUGAAUGGAGAAGAAAAAAAAUCUGCAAAAAGUAACAAUUAUCAACUCUGUAGUCGCAUAUUUUUUAUAAGCAUUAUAAAUAACUCCACCUUUAUUUCUCGCAAGAAGCAUAUUUUUUACAUAUAGAAUAGACUGGUGCUUUAUAGUGGAGAAAGAAUAUUGCAGUGAAUAAAAUUAUUGCUGGAAUAUCGAUCAAA